UCCCGCCCCAUCUGCCUCCCCUUAUUUAUCGUCUUAGCUUGGCGCUGGCAGCCGGAGUCGCGUGGAAGCUGCCGGGAGCCGAGAGAACCCGCUUGGUCCAGGCAGACGCAGCCAUGGGAGCCCCCCGCCCCCCGAGAGCCGGUCCCCUCCUCCUGCUGGCGGCCGCACUGCUCCUCCAAGGAGCCAUCGCCCUGGAGUGCCACAGCUGUGUGGAGCGCAGCGACGGCGGCUGCAGCCCGGAGAAGAUGAAGACGAUCUCGUGUCCAGCCAACGCCCAAGUGUGCAUGGAAACCGUGGCGGCCGUGAAAUGGAGCCACGGGCAGUUCCUGGUGGGCGAGAAGGGCUGCGGCCUGGGCAGAACGGGCACCAACGACAAGGGCGUGGACCUGCACGGCAUCUUAGCCUUCUCCCAGGUGCGCAACUGCAACACCAGCCGCUGCAACUCCCAGCUGGACAUCCGGGCCAUGGCACUACAGUCGAUGAGUAACGAGAGCGCCCGAGUGCCCAACGGGCUGGAGUGCUACAGCUGCCAAGGCAACGAGGCCUGCUCCCCCGGCAACUCCACGGUGGUGAAAUGCUAUGACGGGUACCAGGGCUGUUUCCACGGCAACGUCACCAUGAAAGUCGGCAACGUCUCACUGAGCCGCCCCAUCAAGGGCUGCGUGCAGAACAAGGACUGCACCAAGGAGGCAAGGGGCAGCACGGCCGUCAACCUGGUGGGCUCCUGCUGCUCCGGCCACCUCUGCAACGGGGACCUGACCAACAAGACGUUCUUCGCCCCCAACAUCCCCCGGCUGGAGGUCAUGCCCGGCCAAGGGGCCAACGCCACGGGCGCCAAUGCCACAGCCAAUGCCACCGCCACCGCCAUGGUCACCGCCACCGCCACGCUCGCCACCGCCGCCACGGUCACUGCCGCUCCCACGCCCCUGCCUCCGGACCACGAGGACCAUGACGACCACGAGGAUCAUGACGACCACGAGGACCUCAUCCGGGACGACCGCCACAUCACCACGGAGGGCGAGCGGCGGAACAACCCGGGCGUCAAGCUGCCGAGCGGCGGGAAGGGGGGCGCGGCGGGGUUGACCGCCUCGGCCUGGCUCGUCUUGCUUGGGUCCGCCUUGCUCCUGUGAAGGGGGCACCAAGGAGGGGAAACGGCACGAGAUGCCCCCCACCCAUUCACCCCCCCAUCGCCCCCAUUCCCGCUCCGCUGGCCAGCCUCCCCCUGACUUCUUCAACUCCAGCCAGGCUUCGGCCCAUGCACGGCAGCCAUCUUCUUAGUUGAGCAGCAGCUCUUGAUGUCAGGCCGGGUUGGCCCUGUUGGCAUCACCAGGCGGGGCUAAGUCUCCAGGUUGCAUCUCCAUGCAGAGCCCCGUCCUCACGACACCUGGCCUUCUCUUCGGCCUCCCCACAGCAGCCAUUUUGGUCUGGAAGCAGCGUGGCUUGAUGUCCCUCUGGGGCAUCGUUUGUGGUUGCCCCCUUCACGCAAAGUGUCCACGGAGCCCUUCUCAUGGCACCACCACAAAUCCGGGCUUCCCUUUGGCCUGCACGAGGCAGCUAUCUUGGUUGCCCGUGGCCUAGUUUUGCCUACUUGCAGUGGCCAGCUUGUUUUUUAAGUGGGGGGGAAACAACACAGAGAGGGAAGAGCCAUACUACCCCUGCCCUCCAGAACAAAUUCCCACGUGUCGCCUUCCCAUAUCGCGGGCCAUAUUCUUAUAGCAGCGCAGCAAAUUCCGGCUUCUCUUCAGCCUGUGCAUGGCGGCCAUCUUGUUUCUACAUGGCCUAGUUUGACCCCAGUCUGGGGAGGGCUGUGACGGCCGCCAUUUUCUGUUCGCUUGAGUGGAUCCUAUCCCUUCUUCACCUCACCCAGGUGCAUGCUUUGCCACGCCAAUGCACCUUCGAGUGUUUGUGUUAUCUGCCAACACUGGGCAGCCAUCUUGUUUCUUUAUGCCACAUCAGUUGACAUCUGUCUAGGGAAGGUGGCCACUGCUUGGUCUUCAUUCCCCGGGGAAAAGUCCCAAGGCUGCUCCAAAUCAAAUACAGGACUACAUGCAGCAGCCAUCUUGCCAUUAUUCUUGGCCACCCAUUUUGUCUCCAGCCAACAGGGUGGUGGGUCCUGUUGCCAUGGCGCCAAAGGCAACUCAGGCUUCUAACAGCCUGCUAGGCCUCAGCAUUGGGAUUCACAGUCAAUGCCCCCUCCACACACACACACGCACACACGAGGCUGGUUGUGGAAGAUGGCGCAACAAGAUGGCCGCCGGCACACGGGUCGUGGACACGGUGGCCAGGGCACAGCAAUGGGAAGGGAGGGGCAAUGGGUGGCUCAUCCUUAUGGCUUGGUGGGCUUGGGCACUUCCCCCCACCCCCCCACCAACUUGCCCGCUGGGUAUUUAACCCCAAUAAUGGGGUCCCAGCACAGCUUCCCAUCCUUCCACCAGCCCCGGUGGCACAGCUCAGAGAAGGAUGGGAUGGUGCUAAGAGAGCGGAGGGGUCAAUGAGUUCCUCACGGCCCCACUGGGGCGAUAGGGACUAUCCCGGAUCAGCCCCACGGGCCCAUCCAGCCCAAUAUCCCGCCUUCUCCCUGCCCCCCCCCCCAGACCCAUCCACCCUGGUGUCCCUGCUACCUGAAACCUCUGGCCCCAUUACGCCCCCUCACUGUGCAAUAUUCCCCUUCCUGACCUCUCAGCUCAGCACAUGCCCUGGAGCCGCGAGUGAGGCGUCCCGGAAUCGUUCUCCCAGCUGGCGCGGCUGCAGCUGCCCUUCCCAAUGUAAAUAGUUUCAGAGACUCAACUCUCGCCAUGGGAAGGGGGCCGGGAAUUCCCGGGGAAGGGUUUAAAGGCUCAUUAAUAAAAGGAUUGUAGCUGUG